AACCACAAAACCACAAAUGAACAGAUAAACAGACGAAGGAACAAACAAACAAACACAAAAAUGAAUGAACAGAUCAUUUGAAAGGUCAAACACAGUUCAAACAAACAAAACAAUAAACAGACAAAACCAAACAAACAUUAAUAAUCAUCCAGAGAAACAAACUACACUCCUCCUCCUGUCCACUGGGGGGCGCCUGAGCCACUAAACACACACACAGUAACAUACACACACACUGUCUCUCACACACACACUGUCACAAACAGAGAGAGAGAGAGAGAGAAAGAGAGAGGGAGGUAGAAAGAGUGAAAGAGAGAGAGUGAGUGAGGGAGAGAGAGAGAGAAAUAGAGAGAGAGAGAGUGAAGGAGGUAAAGAAAGGGAGGGAGGUAGAGAGCGAGGGAGCUUGAAGACACUUGUUCUGUUCCGAUCGAACUGGUGCAGCAUCUUUUCGUUUCCUCCUCCUUCCAUCUCUCGCUCUCUCUCACUUCACCACUCUAUUUCUUCACUUGUUUUAUAUCCCUCUGUUUAUCUCUAUCCUCCACUCUAUCCGUUUAUCUCUCUCUCAGGUCAGGCAGAGGACACUCCUCAGUACAGGUCUGAGGAGCUUCUGAAGUCUGGAGAAGUUCGGAAGUCGGUCCGGUUCGGAAUUUUGUUCGUAACGCAUUCCGUUUCGCUCUGGAUUAUCGGUGUUUGGUGUUGUUGCAGUUUGGUCUACGAUAUUCUAAGAGAACGUCACACCAGCUUUACACCAAUCCCAACGUUCCAACAACCUCCCAGAACGGUCUGUAGCACCAGAAGGGAAUCAUCCCGAAGUUUCAUCUGUCGCUCAAGAAGAAUUCGGUACGACUCUUCGGGAACUGUUCUGAGACUCGUUCUUCAUUGUUGGAAGAGUAUUUUGGUUAUUUCCAACAUGAUAUCAGGAUUACUUCAAUGUUCCUCCACAGGUUCUACACCACUGCUGCAUUAAUGCUACCUUGAGGUUGACACCGUUCUCGCCCUGGUCCCCUGAAAUACUCCCACCAAGAGCACCACCGUUCCUGUACCGUUUCAAAGUCCUGCCAGUAAACAGUGAUGAGCGUUCCCAUUCUGAAGAUUGGCAUGGUCCUCAGCACCAUGGCCAUGGUCACCAACUGGAUGUCCCAGACUCUGCCCUCACUGGUGGGACUCAACCAGACCCUGGCACGACCCGGAACAUCUGAGAAGAUCAUCAGCGCGCUGUACCCGGGGCAGGAUGAGGGGUGGCAGGUGUUCGGCUCAGUGGCGGAUGCGAAGGGGAAGUGUGUGUGUACUCUCGUCGCCCCCCCACAGAACCUCUGCAGAAAAGACCCACGACACACUCGCCUACGCCAGCUCACGGAGCAUGUUCAGAACGUGUCUCAGUAUUUGGAGGUGCUGGAUUUGCGAACAUCUCGAGAUCUGCAUUAUCUUCGAGAGUCGGAGCAGCGAGUGAAUUCAGUCGAACGAAGAGUGAAAACAGCCCAUAAUAACCUCCAGAGCCUCUCCGCUAAAGGCCUACAGGACCUGAAGCAGAGCGUGAACGAGUGUCUCCCCCUGCUGGCGGUUGUAGCUCAGUACAGCGCAGACGUGGGGCAGCUGGACUACCUUAAGCAGGAGGUGGAGAGGUUAAGCACCGCCCUCAUUCUCCUACAGGAGCAGCUGGAGGCCUACGAUUACAGCCAAUUACAGCACAGGGCCAUCUUACUGGAGGACCAGCUACACACCUGCAUCAACACACUCGGAUGUGGUAGGCUAACAGGCAUCAGUAGCCCGGUCACCAUUAGGUCCUUUGGGUCCCGAUUUGGCUCGUGGAUGAUGGACAGUAUGAUGCCCAGCUCGGAUAACCGGGUCUGGUCUAUGGACGGGUACUUUAAGGGCCGGCGAGUCUUAGAGUACGGGUCCAUCGACGACUUCACCAAGGGACAGAACUUCGUGGUGCAUCAGCUUCCCCAUCCGUGGGCAGGUACGGGUCACGUCGUUUAUAACGGUUCUCUUUACUACAACAAACACCAGACCAACAUCAUCGUCCAGUACCACCUACUCACCCGGAGCGUCCUGCUGCAGCGCAGUCUGGGCCAGGCCGGCUACAACAACACCUUCCCCUACUCCUGGGGUGGCUCGUCCGACAUCGACCUCAUGGCUGACGAGACCGGCCUGUGGGCGGUGUACACUACCAUCCCCAACGGCGGGAACAUGGUGGUGAGCCGGCUGAACCCCGCAACCCUGGAGGUGGUGAGGUCCUGGGACACGGGCUUCCCCAAACGAAGCGCCGGGGAGGCGUUCCUGAUCUGCGGAACGCUGUACGUCACCAACUCGCACCUGGCCGGAGCCAAGGUCCACUUCGCCUACCACACGAACACGUCCUCGUACGAGUACACGGACAUACCCUUCCACAACCAGUAUUCGCACAUCUCCAUGCUGGACUACAACCCGCGAGAGAGGGCGCUCUACACGUGGAACAAUGGCCACCAGGUGCUCUACAACGUCACGCUCUUCCACCUGAUCCAGAGCUUCGCCGACACCUAGACCAUGGAACCAACUAGGAGCGACAAGACGAGGGAGUUACUGGGGCGUUCCAGUCUGACCAGAACAAUUGAACCAAUCCUUUGUUUGACCUUAGUCAAAUUCUAAAAAGACGUUUUAAAAAGCAUUCUAAACAAAACGUGUUCUAUAUAGUACCGGAAAAGGGUUCUCGAACUUUUAGAAAAAUUUUGCAACCAUCAUAGGUGCCAUAUAGAACUACUUCUAAAUAGUUCUUCAGAUAUUCCUUCAUACAUGAAGAAACAUUCGGCCAAGCAAAGUCUUGUUUUUCAGUUUUGUUUUAGUUGUCUUGGUUCUGUGUACAACAAUUGCUUUUAGCUUCAGCAAUAAUGGUUCCCUGACUUCUAACAAUUAUAAAACCAUGUUGGUGCUCUGAAGAAGAAGCAUUCUUAAAAGGUUCUUCAAAAAAUCUUUGUAACAAAGAUCAGUUUUGUUUUGGUCUACAUGGAUCUAGUUCCUUCAUUGAAGAACCUUUGAGGAACCUUGGAUUUAAAGUUGUAAACUUUGAACAAAAGGAAUUUUUUUGUUGCCGAUCAAGGUAAAUUCUGACUCUGACUCAUAGCAAUCAUAAACCAUUUGUGGUGAUACACAGAACCAUGUCUUAAAAAAACAUUUAAGAACCACUGCUUUUGCUAAAGAACAUUUGAAGAACCCCUGUUUUAAGAAUGUACUCUAUAAGCUAAGCACACAUGGUUAAAUUUUAGGGUUGUAACCAUUGGGGAACCAAUUAUGGUGCUAUAUAGAACCAUUUUUCUGUAGUCUUUAAAUUUUCCCUUGUAUGUACAGCAUGUAAAACCAAAGCUUUUACUAAAAGAAUCGUUAAAGGUAUACACUCUUAUGGGACUGAAAAAGGGAGUUCUCUAACUUGUAGCAAUUGUGGAACCAUUUGUGGUGCUUUAUAGAACCAACUUUUAAAAAGUUCUUAAAAAAAUAGAACCAAUACUUUUACUGUAACAACUUUUAAUCAGAUUUUAAAAGGAAGUUCUCGGGUUUGUAGCCAGUGUGAAUCUAUUUGACGCUAUAUAGAACCAUUUGUUAUAGUACUGAAAAAGGAGUUCUCUAACUUGUAGCAAUUAUAGAACCAUUUGUGGUGCUGUUUUAAGAACCAAAAUUUCUUUAAAUUAGAACAACUGCUUUUACUGAAACAACUUUGAAUCAGAUUCGUCAAAGGAAAUCUUGGGUUUGUAGCAACUGUGAAUCCAUUUGGCGCUACAUAGAACCAUUUUUACCCCAAAAUUGUUGUUCUCUAAAGUUGGUUCUCUAACUUGUAGCAAUUCUUUAACCAUUUCUUUUGUGUUAGAACAACUACUUUUACUGAAACAGCUUUUAAUCAGUCAAAGGAAUUGUGAAUCCAUUUGACGCUACAUAGAACCAUUUUAAGCCAAAAGGGUUAAUUAUCUGAUUUGUAGCAAUUGGGGAACCAUUUCUUGUUCCUAAAAAGAACAUUUUUUAAAGUUUUUUUUUAUUGUUCAACAGCAAAUGUUUCAUGUUUUAGGCAUAAGAAUGGUCUUUUGACUUAUUGUUGUAUUUAGAACCACUCUUUUUACUGAGGAACCUUUGAAAAACCCCAGAUUAAGGUGGUCCAGUUCUACGCAUAAAGGUGUUUACAGAAGCACUGAAAACAUUACUGCCAAUAUAAAGCCAAUAUCGCCCUCUACUGGUGAAAACGCUGAAUUAAAUGAAACAUGCACAGAUAUUCCCAACCCACUGUAGAACACUGCAGACCCUUCAGCUGACCCGGUGUUCUGGUUCUGGAUGUGGAACCGUGGUGAGCUUGGCCUGCACUUUGUUUGUUAACCUUGUGUUGUGAAGUAUCUGUUUGUCGUAUGCUGGUCUGAUGUUCAGUCUGCAUGGAAUUGCAUCGUCCUGAUAUAUAAUAAAUAAUAAAAAUGUCCCAACCAAA